UUCAUGACGUCAUCACAAGACGCCAUCUUGGAUGACAACCACAAUAACAAACAUGGCGUCUAACACGAGUAGCGUUCAUUUCUCUGAGUAUUUUUCGAGUUUAGAAGCUUCUGCGAAGGCAAGAUACAAAGAAAAAGUAAAUAUGUGUGGCUUUGAUCCGUAUUCCUUAAAAUCAUCGGAGUUUAAAGAUGAUUUUGCUGCAUUGCCGCCAGUUGAAUAUCCAGACAUUGUAAACUACCUUGUACUACAAACUUCAUGGUUAACAAACAGUCAGAUGAAGGCCUACAAGAGUCUAGAAGCUUAUAAUUUUUUUAUAUCUGGAUGGGUCAGUAGUCUUUUGACGAAAGAAAGUGCCAAUGAACGAGUAGUUGUGUUUGCAAGGGUUAACCAUUCUCAAAGAACUAGAGAACCUCCUCUCAAGACAUGGUUUCUAGCAGAAAAAACUGGUGAUGUCCUUCUUGGUCAUUGCUCCUGCAUGGCUGGACUAGGGGAAGCGUGUUCACAUGUAGGAGCACUUCUAUUCGCCUGUGAAACAGCGGUUAAAAUGCGAAAAUCCGUCACAUGCACACAGGAAAUCAGCAAAUGGUUACCUUCACAUGUCAAAAAAGUACCCUAUCUUCCUGUCAGUGAAGUCAACUUCAGCUCAGCAAAGAGGCAAUACAAAGACAUUGAAGACAAAGAGAAUGUCAACCCAAAAGCAGCCAAAAGGUUAAUACCUACAACAACAGCAGCUGAAGAAGCAGCCUUUUUCAAAAACCUGUCACAGUGUAAAGUGAAAUCAGCAGUACUAUCACUUGUGCCUCCAUAUAAUAAGAACUAUAAGCCAAAUSAACCAGAAGUUUCAAGUUUGAAGAGUCUCUACAAAGAGGAUUGUGUCMAWUUAAGCUAYGAAGAAUUGUUGAAUGUCUGCAACGAAACUGAAAUUUCCAUCACUGAAAGAGACUGUAGAGUUAUUGAACAGUCAACAAGGAAACAAUCUGCAUCCAAAGUCUGGUUUGAGCAAAGAAGUGGUCGUAUAACUGCAUCAAAGUUGAAAUCUGCAUGUCAUACAGACCCAAAUAAACCAUCUAAGAGUCUUGUUAACUCUAUUUGCUAUCCUGAAGCUCAUCAAUUCAAAUCAUCUGCUACUAAUUGGGGUUGCACUCAUGAAAACAUUGCUAGACAAGCAUAUGAAAGACAAAUGUGUGCCUGUCAUGAACACUUUGUAGUCAGCGAUAGUGGCUUAAAUAUCAACAAGAACUGGCCUCAUAUGGGUGCAUCUCCGGAUGGCUUUGUAAAUUGUGAUUGUUGUGGCCGAGGUGCAUGYGAAAUCAARUGCCCAUUUACUGCUAAAGACCAACUGUUAUGUCAUGCUGCGAAACAAAAGAACUUCUGUCUUGUUGAAGAGGAUGGAUCUUUGACUCUUAACAAGAGUCAUGCAUACUAUUAUCAAGUUCAGGCACAACUUUUUAUUUGUGAACUUGAUUAUUGUGACUUUGUUGUUUGGACAUUAGAGGAUAUUCAUAUUGAACGAAUACUACCAGACCAUUUAUUUUGGAAAAAUGCACUUGCUAAGGCUACUAAGCUAUUCAGGAUGGCUAUUCUUCCUGAACUUGUUGGCAGGUGGUUUACGAGACCAUCUGUCACAAACCAUGAAAUUGAAGAAAUGUCUGAUGAGGAAGGACCAUGGUGUUAUUGUCAAGAACAUUUAGAGGGAAGUCAACUGAUUGGAUGUGACAACAAGGACUGUAAAAUUGUUUGGUUUCACAUGGACUGCUUAGGCAUUGACAAAGCACCCAAGGGAGAAUGGCAGUGCCCUUCUUGUAAAAAAUAAGAUACAGUAUAACAUUGUGCUAAUUU